AUGGCGGUCCCAACGGGAGUGGAGCAUUUUGCCGAGGACCUACGCUGUUCCAUUUGCCUGGAGCUGUUUUUGGACCCUGUCAUGCUGGAAUGUGGGCACAACUACUGCCAGGCCUGCAUCGCCCGCUACUGGGCCGAGAUCCUGGCCGGCACCGGAGAAGGCGUGCCGCAUCCCACCUGCCCCGAGUGCCGACGAGAGAUCCCGGGGGGCAAGUUCACGGCCAACCGGGUGCUGGGGCAGCUGGCGCGGAAGGCCACGGAGUCUCUCUCGGCUCACGGCAGCGACGAAGACGCCAACCCGGAGGAGACCGCCGAUGAGGUGCAGGGGGAGAGACUCUUCUGUUCCGAUGACGGCUGCCUGGUGAGGGCGUUGCAACCAGACCACUGGGGACACCGGUGCCACCCUCUGGACGAGGCUGUGCAGCAAUACCAGGAGAUCCUAACAGCCUCUCAAACGUCACUGGAAUCCAGAGCCCAAGCAGAAAAAUUGCUGCAAGAGCAGAGGCUACAGAAAGUUCCAGAAAUCGCAGCCCAACGCCUGCGACUGGAGCACCAUCUCUCGACCCAGUUCAUUGAGCUUCACCAGUGGCUCCAGGAGAAGGAGGCGGCGAUGAGGAGGGAGAUCCGGCGUGAGGAAGAGCUCCUUCUCAGCGAGUUGGAAAGGAACCAGCGCAAUGGGCAAGAGCAAAUUCGCAUGGCUGAGGAGCAAGCGGCCAAGAUCCAAGCUCGGCUUCAGGAGCAGCAGGACCCCGAAAUCUUCCUUAAGGACAUCAAAGCCUUUGCGGAGAAGUACUGUCCCAGUGAGGAAAAAGGCGCCAUGCUGCCUGUGAUCUCCCGUGAUUUCAACUUGGGCCAGUUUAAGGGACCUCUUCAGUACAUGGUGUGGAAAGAAAUGUUGCCAGCCCUGAGACCUUCUCCCUGCCAUGUAACCUUGGAUCCUGCCACCAACCACCCCAACCUCGUGCUCUCCAGAGACCUUGAUAGUGUCCGUGUGGAGGACAACCCUGAGGAAGAUGUCCCUGAUGGUCCUGAGAGGUUCAGCAAGUCCGUGUGUGUGUUGGGGGCCCAGGGUUUUACUUCAGGACGCCAUUACUGGGAAGUAGAGGUGGGGGAUAAAACCAGCUGGGACAUGGGUGUGGCCAAGGAGUCGGUCAACAGGAAGGAAGCCAAAGUGACGGUCAAGCCCAGCAACGGAUUCUGGGCCAUCUGGCUGCGGAACGGCAGCGAAUACAAGGCCCUUGACUCUCCCUCCAAGCAGCUGUCCCUCAAGACCAAGCCCCAGAAAGUGGGAGUCUACCUGGAUUAUGAGGGGGGGCAGGUCUCCUUCUAUGACGCCGACACCAUGGCUCACAUCUACACCUUUUCGGACGUCUUUUCUGAGUGCCUCUACCCUAUGUUCAGCCCCGGGGUCAACAAAGACGGACUCAACGCUGAACCUCUCCGCCUUCCGACCCCACGGGCAUAG